AUGCAGCAAUUACAGUCUUCUGAUACCAGUGCUGAAAAACCGCAUUGUCCCCGUGAAAGCACAGGUGCUGUUCAGAUGAGGAUCAAAAGUGCUAACAGGCCCAAUGACAGACACAGCCAAAGCAAAUCUAUGAUAUUCUCUGAUAAUGUGAAAGUCUCUGCACCUAUAUCCCGUCAUAGAAGGAAUCAUUCCCAACAUAAUUUAACAGUCACUGAGAUCGUUAGCCCACUGGAGCAAACGAUAAUCAAAGAAGGAUAUCUUCAGAAAGCUAAAAUUGCAGAUGGAGGCAAGAAACUAAGGAAAAACUGGACAGUUUCUUGGAUUGUUCUCACUGGUCGAAAGAUAGAAUUUUACAAAGAUUCCAAACAGCCAGCUGUGGCCAAUCUGAAAAGUGGAUAUAAGCCUGAAUGGGUGGACUUGCACGGAGCUCACGUUGAAUGGACUACAGAGAAGUCCAGCAGAAAGAAUGUUUUUCAGAUCACAACAGCAUCAGGAAAUGAGUUCCUCCUUCAGUUAGAUACAGACUUCAUCAUACUGGACUGGUUCAGUGCUAUCAAAAAUGCCAUUGAAAAAUUGUCCAAAGAACAGAGUGGGACGUCAAGGACCAAGGAGUUCAGAAUUCAAAGAUCUGCUAGUUCUGAAUUGCUGAGCAGUUUGGAGACCGAAUCUAAAGAGUCAAAGCCAGAAAAUAGAAGAUCUUUAAUUUUCAGACUGAACUACAGCAUUUCUGACAUAACUGAUAGAAACCGAGUUAAAAGCAGAUUAAAGAAGUUUAUCACUCGAAGACCUUCACUGAAAUCUUUGCAAGAAAAGGGCCUCAUUAAAGAUCAAGUUUUUGGUUCCUGUUUGCAAAAUGUGUGUGAACGCGAUGGCGCCACGGUCCCACAGUUUGUGAAGGUGUGCAUAAAAGCUGUAGAACAACGAGGUCUGGAUGUUGAUGGAAUAUACAGAGUCAGCGGCAAUCUGGCAACAAUACAGAAAUUACGAUUUGUUAUCAAUCAGGAAGAGAAGCUGAAUUUGGACGACAGCCAGUGGGAGGACAUCCACGUUGUCACCGGAGCACUCAAGAUGUUUUUCAGAGAGCUGCCUGAACCACUGUUCCCAUACUGCUUCUUUGCACAGUUUGUGAAGGCGAUAAAAAUUCAAGACAGUGACAAUAGAGUGAAAACUAUAAAGAGCCUUGUACAGAAGCUCCCCAGACCAAACUAUGACACCAUGAAAAUACUAUUUGGACACCUGAAUCAGGUCGCGGCCAACGAAAGCAUGAAUCUUAUGUCCCCUCAAAGUUUAGGAAUAAUUUUUGGACCGACGCUCCUUCAACCUGAAAAGGAGACCGGGCCCAUGGGAGUCCACAUGGUGUACCAAAACCAGAUUGUGGAGCUAAUGAUACGUGAAUACACCAAGAUCUUCAGCUCUGAAGAAGACUGACAGACAGGGAACAUUACUGAAUAUGUUCACAUCUGUCUUGAUAUCUAAUAUUUUUACAUUUCUGUAAACAUCUUUUUGAAAUAUUUCUUUUUUCCUUCUAGUGACAGAUGCCUCAUUUUGUGAAAACUUAAUGAUGAUUUUGUCUUUAAUUUCCAAACAUUGGAGUAAAAAUAUAUUGUCAACAUUUGCUUAUAUGUGCUCAGUAGUAUAUUAACCCUUUGCUUCAGUCAGUCUGCCAACACUCUCCAGGGCUAUGCCAUUUUUCAUGGCUUUAUUUUCCAGCUGGGAUUUGAGAAUAUGGCCAAAUCCAGAUGAAAUAUUGCUUAGAGGCAUAUGCAGUGGCACUCCCAGACAAGCAAGGCUGGAGGUUAAUGGAUUUAAAUUGGGAUUUGGAAUGA